AUGGGUUACGAAGAUUCCGUCUACCUCGCCAAGCUUGCUGAGCAGGCUGAGCGUUAUGAAGAAAUGGUGGAGAACAUGAAGUCCGUUGCUUCUGAAGAUCAAGAACUCUCUGUCGAAGAGCGAAAUCUCCUCUCUGUUGCCUACAAGAACGUCAUUGGCGCCCGCCGUGCUUCGUGGAGAAUCGUCACCUCAAUUGAGCAAAAGGAAGAGUCCAAGGGCAACUCAUCUCAAGUUGGUCUUAUCAAGGAGUACCGUCAAAAGAUCGAGGCCGAGCUUGCCAAGAUCUGCGAAGAUAUCCUCGAGGUUCUUGACAAGCACUUGAUUCCCUCUGCCAAGAGCGGAGAGUCCAAGGUCUUCUACCACAAGAUGAAGGGUGAUUACCACCGUUACCUGGCUGAGUUUGCCAUUGGCGACAAGCGAAAGGAGUCUGCCGAUAAGUCUCUUGAGGCUUACAAGAACGCUACCGAGGUUGCUCAAACCGAUCUUGCUCCCACCCACCCCAUCCGUUUGGGCCUUGCUCUCAACUUCUCAGUCUUCUACUAUGAGAUUCUCAACUCCCCUGAUCAGGCCUGCCAUCUAGCCAAGCAAGCAUUUGAUGAUGCCAUUGCCGGUAAAUUUGAUUUCUUCUGCCAAAUAGGAAAGAACCAUAAUUGUCUGACCCAUCACCCUACAGAACUUGACACUCUUAGCGAGGAGAGCUACAAAGACUCCACCUUGAUCAUGCAACUGUUGAGAGACAACUUGACCCUCUGGACCUCGUCGGAGGCAGAGCCAACCGCUGCUGAGCCAAGUGCUGCUGCUGCUUCUGAGGCAAAGGAGCCAGAGGUCGCACCAACGGAGACUAAGGCCGAUGCUGAAUAG